CGCGCUCCUCCAAAUGUAGGACUUGCCGUAGCAAGCCUACAAUUCUUCGGACCAACUUUCCCAUUGCUUUCCCUGCCGGCUGCCGAAAUUCCGAUCAGAUGGAGCAACAGCCUUGGCGCCUAUUGCAGCGGUACCGUGGAGACCGUCGCAAGCUCCUAGAGUUCCUCUUGUCCUCCGGUUUGAUCACCGAGCUCCGAACCCCGGCGGGCCCCAUCGCCGCUCUCUCCGACGUCGACUUGGAUAAACUCAGCGCCGAUUACGUCCUCCACUGCAUAAAAUACGGUGGAGUGCUUGAUGUUUCUGAAGCAACCAAGAAGUACUUCGAUGAAUCUUCUUACCCAGUUAUGAUUCAUUCUCAAUUAGGGAAUUCCUAUUUUCUACUUUCUGAUCCAGAUUUGUCUGGAUCACCUCCCACGCGAGUGCCACCUUCAACUGAUGUGAACCUGGCCACCAAUCAUGCAUCAUUUUCAUCUAGUCCAGAUCCUCUAAUAGUUGAGGAUGCAGAAGCAUCUGGGGAAGACUUUAGUCCUAAACAUGAAGUGGAAACAUGCACACCUUUAAAGCCCAUGGAGGAUGUACAAAUUCCUCCAUUAGGAUUACCUUGUCUGAAUGCAGGAUUGUCGGAUGAUGACUUGCGGGAAUCAGCCUAUGAAAUAUUGCUUGCAUCUUUGGCAUUUUCUGGGGUUGAAGUCCAUACAGUUGAGGAUAGAAGGAAAGAAAAGAGUGCUAAACUUCUGUCAGGGUUGAAGAGUAGAAGGGAUAAAAUCCAUCAGCAGUCUGAGUCUCGAGGAAGACAAUCAGAACUAAUUGAGACCAUCCGCAUUCAGAUGCAGAUUUCAGAACCAAUGGAUGCAUGCAUACGGCAAAGAUUGAUGCAAUUGACGGCUAGGAGAAUGUGGGGAUCAAUUGAUAUUCCUCAAAUGUCAUUGGGACUUUUGGCUAGCAUAUUCAAGUCUGAUUUUCUUAAUGGAAAAUCUUAUAUGCAGUGGAAAAGUAGACAGGCAAGUAUCUUGGAAGAGCUCCUUUAUUUUUCUACUGAUCUUGAAGCGUCUGAACGUCUAACCAUUCAAAGUUCUCUCGCGAACAUUAGAAAUUCUAAGGAGUGGGACAUGACAAGAUCACCUUCUGAACGUGCUGAGAUUCUAUCGGCUCUAACAUUAGUGGCUUUAAAGUUGUCAUCUCUGUCUGGAAAAUUCAAUAUCCAGGGUGAAACCUAUUAUUGGACUGCUGAUUAUCACUUGAACGUUAGACUUUACGAGAAAUUGCUAUUUGGUGUGUUUGAUGUGCUUGAUGAAGGCCAGCUCAUUAUGGAAUCCAAUGAACUCCUGAUGCUUAUCAAAUUGACCUGGCCUACUUUAGGCAUCACACAGAAAAUGCAUAAUGCGUUAUAUGGGUGGGUCCUUUUCCAGCAGUAUGUAGGAACAGAUGAGGCUGUGCUGUUAGAAUAUGCGCUUCUUGAGUUGCAGAAGGUUCUAUCUGCUGAAAAUGAUAAUCAGAAGGAAGAGCAUUACAUGGAUAGCUUAGCAUGUUCAAGAGCAUGCAAUGGCAGUGAAAUAAAGUUAUGUCUGGUGCAGGCCAUUUUCUUCUCAAUAAGCAGUUGGUGUGACAGUAAACUGCAAGACUAUCAUCUGCAUUUUAGUCAGAAACCUCAUAACUUCUCGAGGAUGAUGAACUUGCUCUCAGCAGCUGGAAUUCUUACUUCUGGUGAUUUUGGUGAUAUUGAGUUAAUCAGGUUGAAUGUUUCCAAUGAGAAUGCAACUAGAAAACUUAUGACAUAUGUUGAGAGAUCGAUCAAAGCUUCAUAUAGGCGGGUAGCUAGUACCCUAGAUCUUGAAUCCAAGGUGGUAAGGCAACAUCCUUUGGCCCUGCUUGCAAAUGAGCUAAAAUUGAUUGCUCAGAGAGAGUUCAGUGUGUUCUGCCCGGUGCUACGUCGUUGGUGUCCUGAAUCUGGGAUGAUUGCAGCCAUGCGACUACACCAAAUUUAUGGGGAAAGACUGAAGCCGUUUCUCAAGGGAGUGUCAUCUCUUUCUGAAGACGUCAGAUCGGUGCUUUCAGCUGCUCAUUCGUUGGAUCAUGACCUGACUGAGCUAUAUAUUUCUGCUUGUGAAGAUAAUAGGCUGCAUCACCAUCUCAACCGAGAUCUGGACCAUUAUCCGAUUGGAGAAGUUGCUAAACCAAUAAUUCUUGACUGGGUGAUUGCUCAGAAUUCACGUAUCUUGGAAUGGACUGGACGUGUGUUUGAUCUUGAGGACUGGGAGCCUUUAUCAUCACAGCAAAGACAUGCAGCAUCAGCAGUUGAAGUGUUUAGGAUCAUAGAGGAGACUGUAGAUCAAUUCUUUGGCUUGAAUCUUUCAGUGGAUAUCACACAUUUACAAGCUCUGCUAUCUGUUAUUUUUCACAGCCUGGAUGCCUAUUUGGUGAAAUUGGUUAACCAGCUAGUUGAGAAGAAUCAUCUCCAUCCCAUGGCUCCUCCUUUGACUCGUUAUGAGGAGACAGUUAUUCCAAUAAUGAAGAAGAAGGUGCUAGAGCAUAAACUAUUGGAGGAUGAUGUGAGGAAUAAGUUGAAUGAAUUGACAAUAUCCAAACUCUGUGUCAGAUUAAACACUCUUAAAUAUAUUCAGAAACAAAUUGACAUACUAGAAGAUGGCACUAGAAAGUCGUGGGCGCUUAUCAGACCACCAGUUGGUCAUGGGUGGGCUAAAGAAGUCUCUCUGGAAUCUUCAGAGAGUUCACGGCUAACAUGUAGUGAAGCAGUUGAUGAACUAUUUGUAACCACCUUUAGCAGCAUCAGGGAUACCACGACAGAUGCUAUCAGCAAAAUACAUGACUUUGCUGGUGCAAGAGUAGUUUUUUGGGAUCUCAGAGAUGCAUUCCUCUUUCGGUUAUAUCGUGGAAAUGUUGAAGGUGCUCGCUUGGACAGUGUUCUUCCACAUAUUGAUAAAGUUCUCGACCAUAUAUGUGGUUUGAUUGAUGAUACUCUUAGAGACCUUGUCGUUUUCAGUGUUUGUCGGGCAUUACUGGAAGGCUAUGUUUGGGUGUUGCUCAAUGGAGGUCCUUCUCGUGCAUUUUCUAAUUCAGAUAUCACAAUUAUGGAGGAUGACCUUAAUAUGCUGAAGGAAUUCUUUAUAGCUGAUGGAGAAGGCCUUCCACGUUCAUUAGUGGAGCAAGAAGCGAAACUUGCUGAACAAAUACUAAGCUUGUACACCCUUCAGACUGGCACUGUUAUCCAAAUGCUGAUGACAGCAAGUGAACAAAUUUCAACGGGAUUAUAUCCACGUAAGGAUGACAAAAUCGGCUUAGAAGAUGCCCAAACUUUAAUACGAAUCAUGUGCCACAAGAAAGAUAGACAAGCCUCCAAAUUCUUAAAAAGACUAUAUCAGCUCCCAACAUCUUCAGAGUACGAUGACACUCCAUCAGAGGAUUCCACUUUGAGAUCACCUCUCAUAUCUGAUCUUCUAAAGCGGAGCUCCUCAUUUCAUUGGACCAAUAAUGGCCCGAGCAGCUUCAAAUCUUUUAAGAAGAAACUCCAAGAAGCAACAUCCGAUAUCCGGAACAUGGCAUGGUAACUAGUGAAGGUAUACCAAUCAUUCCAUCGUCUGACUACACCCAAGUUUUGUAUUCCAUUUCCAUGUAAAAGCCUUGUCAGCAAACCUCACUCCCUGUAUAAUCUGUAAAUUUACCAUUAUACCCAUUUGUUCUCAUUCAUGGAGGCUAAUAUUACAUGCAGUACAAGGCUAACAGUGUCUGCACAAAUGUGGUCACUCAGUAUGGCCUUGACUGGCUCCACUUGUCCAUAUGGAGAGGAUCCUUAUCCUUUUCCUAUCAUUUUCCAAGCUUUCAGCUGGCGUUAAAACUUUCUUUAUUGCACAUGUAAACAGCAAACCCAACAACUUUCAAACUUCCAAUUAUUUACGUUACGCAACUUUCCGAGUUUAUCCGGUUAACUUUAUUUGAUUUGUCCUGUUUAUGACC